GAGCCGUGGGCUGGAAAGGCGGUCCGGGGAAGUGCUACGUGUCUCCUCGGCCGCUUUUAUACCUACUCCCUUCCCCUCGCAGCUUCUCAGCAGCCCGCGGGAGCCAGCCGCUUGCCUUCCUGCCCGCCACCCCACCCCGUCACUGCUGCCAGGAGCCGAGGGAGCCGCGAAGCCGGCGACAUGUCCGACACCAAGAAGCAAAGGAUGAAUCUCCAUAGGUCCACCAAUGUGGUCUACCAAGCUCACCACGUUAGCAGGAGUAAGAGAGGGCAAGUCGUGGGCUCAAGAGGUGGCUUUCGAGGCUGUACAGUGUGGCUCACAGGUCUUUCUGGUGCUGGCAAGACAACCAUUGGGUUUGCACUUGAAGAGUACCUUGUGUCUCAUGGCAUCCCUUGCUACUCCCUUGAUGGGGAUAACAUUCGUCACGGACUCAAUAAAAACCUUGGCUUCUCUGCUGAUGACCGAGAAGAAAAUAUCCGUCGCAUUGCUGAAGUUGCCAGGCUGUUUGCCGAUGCCGGACUUGUUUGCAUAACAAGUUUCAUUUCUCCAUUCUCAAAGGACCGCCAGAAUGCAAGAAACAUUCAUGAGGCAGCUGGACUUCCUUUCUUUGAAAUCUUUGUAGAUGCUCCCCUGAAUAUCUGUGAGAGCAGGGAUGUGAAAGGCCUUUAUAAAAAAGCACGAGCUGGAGAAAUAAAAGGAUUCACUGGAAUUGACUCAGAUUAUGAGAAACCAGAAGCGCCUGAAAUUGUGCUGAAAACCAACAUAUAUUCUGUCACUGAAUGCAUCCAGCAGAUUGUGGACCUCUUGCAAGAUCAGAACAUUGUUCCGCCAACUGCGAUCAAAGAUGUCCUUGAACUGUUUGUCCCUGAAAAUAAAGUUGAACAAGCUCGGGCUGAAGCCAAUACACUGCCUUCUGUGAAGAUUACCAAGUUGGAUCUGCAGUGGGUUCAAGUCCUAAGUGAAGGUUGGGCCAGCCCAUUGAAAGGGUUUAUGCGGGAGAAAGAAUACUUGCAAGUUAUCCAUUUUGGCACCUUGCUUGAUGGAAGGGGUAGAGUUGAUAUAUCCGAGCUUGAUGGCGUUAUUAACCUGACCAUUCCAAUUGUACUACCAAUAACUGCGGAAGACAAGAAACGCCUGGAAGGAUGCAAUGCGUUUACACUGGAGUACAAUGGGCGGAGGGUGGCCAUACUGCAAAAUCCAGAAUUUUUUGAGCACAGGAAAGAAGAACGUUGCGCACGUGUUUGGGGGACCACAUGUGCGAAGCACCCGCAUGUAAAGAUGGUGAUGGAAAGUGGAGACUGGUUGGCUGGUGGAGACCUCCUUGUAUUAGAGAGAAUUAAGUGGAAUGAUGGGCUGGACCAAUACCGCUUGACUCCCUUGGAGCUGAGGCAGAAGUUCACAGAAAUGAAUGCUGAUGCGGUGUUUGCUUUCCAGCUGCGCAACCCUGUGCACAACGGACAUGCCCUGCUGAUGCAGGAUACCAAACGGCGCCUCCUUGAGAGAGGCUAUAAGCAUCCUGUGCUGCUCUUGCACCCUCUCGGGGGAUGGACCAAGGAUGAUGAUGUGCCUCUUGAGUGGCGCAUGAAGCAGCAUGCUGCAGUGCUGGAGGAGCACGUGCUGGAUCCAAAGUCCACCAUUGUGGCCAUUUUCCCUUCUCCAAUGUUGUAUGCUGGACCAACAGAGGUCCAGUGGCACUGUCGGGCUCGGAUGAUUGCUGGAGCCAAUUUCUACAUUGUGGGUCGAGAUCCGGCUGGUAUGCCUCACCCAGAGACCAAGAAAGAUCUGUACGAGCCCACACAAGGUGGGAAGGUGCUCAGCAUGGCUCCAGGACUGAACUCUGUGGAAAUCAUUCCCUUCCGAGUAGCAGCAUACAGCAUAGUACAAAAGGCGAUGGUCUUCUAUGAUCCGGACAGGCACAAUGAAUUUGACUUCAUUUCUGGCACACGCAUGAGGAAGCUGGCUCGUGAAGGCGAAAACCCCCCUGAAGGAUUCAUGGCGCCGAAAGCUUGGAAAGUGUUAACUGAGUACUACAUGUCACUGGGAAAAAAUAAUUAAUUUUGCUUUUAUCCAAGUGCAUCUUGGUUUUUAAAGAUGGGCUCUUUCAAUUGAUUUAUAUGCUGUUCUACAUCUUCUACUUUGAAUUUUUCUGCUGUUUGUGGGCAUUUUCUUCCCAGCUUUCCCCCCUCUGAAGUUAUUAGGAAAUUUCCUCUUAAUUUCAAAGGAAAGCCAUAGAAGAGAUUUUAUUGUACAUAUAUAUAUAUAUAUAAAGAGAAAGAUUAUGGGAGUCCAAAGCCAUAUACUGAUUUACCACAGCCUUUCGAAAGAGGUUGUCUGAACUGUGCAGAAUUAUGCAGCUGAAAAAUUUGGAGUUAUUUAUCUGUUCUUCUUUGUUGCUUUUAAUUCAUUCCCAGCUUGCUCAAUGCAAUUAAGUAGGACUUUUGCUCCUCCUCCUCCAGAGCAGCACUAAAUGGGAAGUUUACCUUCUGCCUAACUUUGGCAUGGCCUUUCAUAUCUCUUUUAGCGGGUUGAUGCGACAUUAUUUUUUAAAUUAUGGUGAUUAUUAAUAAACACCAGCAUCCUGAUUCAUCUGCAGAAACCCUCAGAAUUCCACAUCAGAUUUCUUCCAUCAUCUCAAAUCAAUUUUCAAACUGUUGCAAGCAAUUUGGAGAGUCCUGGGAAGUUGAUUUAACACUUAGCAGGGGUUGCAGGGCCAGCUCAGAGCACUUUGUUGUCUGAGGCAGAACAGCAAACAGUGUCCUGCCUUCCAGUUCAAAGUGCAUAGUAUCCAAAGCCAGUCAAGUUAUUUUGGCACCUAAGGCAGAAAAUUCGCUGUACAGCUCAGUUGGUUAGAGCAUGAUGCUGAUAAAUCCAACGUCGCAGGUUUGAUCAUUGUUCUACUUUUGAACUCCUAGAUUUUUACACAUUGGACGGUAAACAUUGCAGGUGCCGUGAGGGAACUAGGGUGUUGUGGUCUGAAGUUUAUACCAUGAAUCCAUUGCUGAGGUUUGUCUGCCACAUUCAAUAUGUGAAGCUCUUUGGAACAGCCUGGAACUUUUAUUGAAUCCAAGCUUUUUAAGUGAAUCCCUAGCCUUCAUGAAUGCAGACUGGAUGUUGUAUUGGCAAAGAUUGUUCCAUAAUGCAGAACAGAUCAGCCAUCCCUGGGGCUGUAUGGGAAUUCCAGCUGCUAGUCAUAUUCUCACAAUUUAGCAAUAGUUGCACUAAACCUCAUUGAGGUUUCUGGUUAAUCUAAGGUUCUUCCGAAAUGUGAUCUAGGCAUUCGAGUGCAAACACGAUUUGUUAUACAAAUAUUAAUAUGCUUACAAAAGCAGUGGUUGUUUGUGCCAGUGCUUCAGUCAAUUGUGACUGCAUAUGAAAUUUAUUAUGAGACUUUAGCAUAGAGGGGGGAGAAAGCAUGCUACAGUGGCGCCUCGCAAGACGAAAAUAAUCCGUUCCGCGAGUCUCUUCGUCUAGCAGUUUUUUCGUCUUGCGAAGCAACCCUAUUAGCGGCUUAGCGGAUU